CCUCCUGAAAUCUCAUAUUUUCAGUCUCUCAUCAGUUCUCAUUUCUUACUAUUCUUCAAUGAUCCAUCCGAUUUCUAGCAAAUGAUCUGCUUGUGAAACGCUUCUGUCCAUCUAUUUUACAAUGUUAUCUCUCAAAUGCAAUCCAAAUCCCUCAUUUUUACACUCAUUAGCUCCAUUUAAGCCCUUUGUUAAUCCCAAAACCCAAACCCUCAAACCCUCAAAAUCUCAUUCCCAUUCCGCAGUACAAUCUGUCCUUCAAUGGAAUCGGAAGCCCGAAUUAGCCGGGGAAACCCCAAGAGUUGUCGUAAUCACCUCUGGAAAAGGCGGAGUUGGCAAGACAACAACAACCGCUAAUGUAGGUCUGUCGUUAGCUCGCCUGGGUUUCUCUGUCGUGGCAAUAGACGCAGAUGUCGGCCUGAGAAACCUGGACCUUCUUCUAGGGCUCGAAAACCGAGUGAAUUAUACCCUUGUCGAAGUUAUGAACGGCGAUUGCCGUCUUGACCAAGCCUUGGUGCGUGAUAAACGAUGGUCGAAUUUCGAACUUGUAUGCAUAUCGAAGCCUCGUUCAAAGCUGCCAUUAGGAUUUGGUGGGAAGGCAUUAGUUUGGCUUGUGGAGGCAUUAAAAACUAGAAAUGAAGGAUGCCCUGAUUUUAUAAUUAUAGACUGUCCAGCGGGUAUCGAUGCAGGGUUUAUAACAGCAAUCACUCCAGCUAAUGAAGCAGUGCUGGUGACAACGCCUGAUAUAACAAGUCUGCGAGAUGCGGAUAGAGUGACAGGGCUAUUGGAAUGUGAUGGAAUUAGGGAUAUAAAAAUGAUAGUGAAUAGGGUUAGGACGGAUAUGAUUAAAGGGGAGGAUAUGAUGUCGGUGCUGGAUGUGCAGGAGAUGCUGGGAUUGGCAUUGUUGGGAGUGAUUCCUGAGGAUUCUGAGGUGAUUAGGAGUACUAAUAGAGGUUACCCACUUGUUUUGAAUAAGCCACCUACGCUGGCUGGACUGGCUUUCGAGCAGGCUGCUUGGAGGCUUGUUGAGCAGGAUACUAUGCAGGCUGUUAUGGUUGAGGAGGAGCCUAAGAAACGUGGCUUUUUCUCCUUCUUCGGAGGAUAGAAAUUGAUUGCUGCUCAAUUUGGGAAACCUUCAAUUUUGGAAAGCUGUGUACAGUGGGUUAGUGAUAUUUGUGUGUUCUGAUUCUUUUUUCUUUUCCCAGUUGUUUUCAGUGUUUUCUGGAUAGAAACAUUUUCCAUUGUUAGUUUUGGAUAUGCUAAAUUAGAUGCCUGUAUUGUCGAUUGCGGUUUGUGUUUGUAGUUUAUUUGGGGGAGAGGAGAGAGUGCUGCUUUUUCUCUUGGAUAGCUGUUUGCUCAACAAACAAAUUCAGCCUGUCUCUACUUUCUGUUUCUCUGCUUUUAUUAUAAUGCUUACUUAUCUAA